GUCUUAGAGCUCAGCUGCUGGGGGUCCCACCUGAAUCGGGCUGCGACCCAAAGUCCCCAGCUGACGCCAGGACCAAGCCCUCGGGCGUCUGUGCAGGACUACGGGAAGAGGCUUAAGGCUAAUCUAAUGGGGACUCUGCAGGCUGGGCCAGCCCUGGGCCGCACACCCCGGCCUCCACGAAGACCUUCAUCCAAGAUGCCCACCUCGCAACUGCCUGAUGCAGGGGCUGCCCCCAUCUCUCCAGAAAAAGUCAGUGAGGGUCCCCCACAGCCUCCCAGGCCCCAGCUGAGGCCAGGCCGACUCCAGCAGCUGCGGGCGUCCCUGAGCCUGCGGCUGGGCUCCCUGGACCCUAGCUGGCUGCAGCGGUGUCACAGUGAGGCCCCAGACCUUCAGGGGGCUCCUGAGGCCUGCCAGCCUGGCUUGGGUACAGAGGAGUCACAGCCUCUGAGUUCAAGUGUCCCAUCCGUCGGUCUCAGCACUGGCCCCGAGGCACCUUUACUGGGCCUAGAGGCUCCAGCCCUACAGGCAGCCAGAGUCCGUGCAGGGAGCCCCCAGCCUGGCAACACUCAAGGCAAAAAGCAAAGGAAGAGUGAGGAGCCAAGGCGGAACCCUGCACAGGCCCAGCAGGACAGCAGCCAAGCAGAACUCCCACCUGGGAGAGCUGGGGCUACAACAUAUGCAGAAGGGUGUCUAGGGGAGCCUGUGUGGUCACAGCCCCCCAGCAGCCCAGCGGCCCCCAGGCCAGCCAUCCAGGACAGGAGCAAUUAUGUGCGGCUCAACAUGAAGCGGAAACACUACGCGCGGGGCCCAGCCCUUCGUGGCAGGCUCCUCCGCAAACAGGCAUGGAGGCAGAAGUGGCAGAAAAAAGGGGAGUGUUUUGGGGGUGGUCAGCCCAGAGCCACAGUCAAGGAUUCUUGCUUUCGGUGUGGGCAGCUUGGCCACUGGGCAUCACAGUGUACUCACCCAGCACCUACCCUGGCUCCCCAGAAGGAGGCCGGUGAGGAUGAGGGUGACACGCAGACCCUGCCCACGUUGGAGGAAGUAGCCCAGCGGACUGGUACUGCUACUUGCCAACUCCCUGCAGGUGAGAAAGAUAAAGAGCCUGCUGGGCCUAAGCUGCUGAUACCCACGGAGCAGCCUGUGCCCGGGGCGCCUUGCCCGCCCCCCACCAUGCCGCCACUCUACCCACGGGGGCCCUCUGGGCAGGUGGCAGAGACACCAGCUGAGGUGUUCCAGGCCCUAGAGCAGCUGGGGCACCGAGCCUUCCGCCCCGGGCAGGAGCACACAGUCAUGCGGAUCCUGUCUGGCAUGUCUACACUGCUGGUGCUGCCCACGGGUGCCGGCAAGUCCCUGUGCUACCAGCUCCCCGCACUGCUCUAUGCCCGGCGAAGCCCCUGCCUCACACUCGUCAUCUCUCCCUUGUUGUCACUCAUGGACGACCAGGUGUCUGGCCUGCCCCCGGGCCUGAAGGCAGCCUGCAUCCACUCGGGCAUGACCAGGAAGCAGCAGGACUCUGCCCUGCAGAAGGUCCGGGCAGCCCAGGUGCACGUGCUGAUGCUGUCGCCUGAGGCACUGGCUGGGGCUGGGGCAGGGGGCCCUGCCUGCCUCACUCAGCUGCCCCCGGUUGCCUUUGCCUGCAUCGAUGAAGCCCACUGCCUCUCUCAGUGGUCCCACAACUUCCGGCCCUCUUACCUGCGAGUCUGCAAGGUGCUACGGGAGCACAUGGGCGUGCGCUGCUUCCUGGGUCUCACAGCCACAGCCACACGCAGCACUGCCCGGGACGUGGCCUGGCACUUGGGUGUGGCCGAGGAGCCUGUCCUCAGGCUGCCAGUCACCAUCCCCACCAACCUGCACCUCUCUGUUUCCAUGGACAGAGACCCAGACCAGGCUUUGGUGACACUGCUGCAGAGUGACCGCUUUCGUGCCCUGGACUCUGUCAUCGUCUACUGUAAUAGGCGAGAGGACACUGAGCGUAUCGCUGCACUGCUCCGCACCUGCCUGCUUGAGGCCUGGGCCUCAGGGCCCGGAGGCAGAGCCCCAGAGGCUGUGGCUGAAGCCUACCACGCUGGCAUGUGCAGCCGGGAGCGGCGGCGGGUGCAGCAGGCCUUCAUGGAGGGCCGGCUGCGGGUGGUGGUGGCCACAGUGGCCUUUGGGAUGGGGCUGGACCGGCCAGACGUGCGGGCCGUGCUGCACCUAGGGCUGCCCCCGAGCUUCGAGAGCUACGUGCAGGCCGUGGGCCGGGCGGGGCGUGACGGGCAGCCUGCACAGUGCCACCUCUUCCUACAGCCCCAGGGCGAGGAUCUGCGGGAGCUGCGCAGACACGUGCACGCCAACGCCACUGACUUCCUCGCUGUGAAGAAGCUGGUGCAGCGCGCGUUCCCACCCUGCCCCUGCGCCCAGUGGUCCCCAGAGCAGGAGGGGGGCCACAGUGAGGAGAGGGGCUCGGCCAGGGCCCCUGUGGCCAUGUCUGCACAGGAGGCCACAGCCCGGUGCCUGGGCCAUGACCGGGCACUCCUGGUACAGCCAACGGUGCAGGCCCUGGACAUGCCUGAGGAGGCCAUUGAGACCCUGCUGUGCUACCUGGAGCUGCACCCACGGCGCUGGCUGAAGCUGCUGGCACCCACCUAUGCCCACUGCCACCUGCGCUGCCCGGGGGACCCCACCCAGCUCCAGGCCCUGGCCUGCAGGUGUCCCCCACUGGCUGUGUACUUUGCCCGGCAGCCACCAGAGAACACAGGUGGGAACAGUAGCUCUGUGGAGUUUGACAUGGUCCAGCUGGCAGACUCAAUGGGCUGGGAGCUGGCCCCUGUGCGACAGGCUCUCCGGCAGCUGCAGUGGGACCCAGAGCCCAGGACAGGUGCACCUCGGGCCACGGGGGUGCUGGUGGAGUUCAGGGAGCUGGCCUUCCACCUACACAGCCCCGGGGACCUGACCGCCCAGGAGAGGGACCAGAUCUGUGACUUCCUAUACAGCCGUGUGCAGGCCCGAGAGCGGGAAGCCCUGGCCUGUCUGUGCCGCUCCUUCCAGGCCUUUCACAGCGUAGCUUUCCCCAGCUGCGGGCCGUGCCUGGAGCAGCCCGACGAGGAGCGCAGUGCCAGGCUCAAGGCCCUGCUCAGCCACUACUUUGAGGAAGAGGAAGCAGGAGAGGGGCUGGGAGGCAUGGAGGACCCAGAACUGGGGCAGGCCAGGCUUCAGGACUGGGAGGACCAGGUCCGCCGAGACAUCCGCCACCUCCUGUCCUCAUGGCCAGAGCAGCAGUUCUCGGGCAGGGCCGUGGCCCGCAUCUUCCACGGCAUUGGAAGCCCCUGCUACCCAGCCCAAGUGUACGGGCGGGACCGGCGCUUCUGGAGAAAGUACCUACACCUGAGCUUCCAUGCCCUGGCACACCUGGCCACAGAAGAGAUCCUGCUGUGGGGCCGCUGACCACCCUGCGGAUGAAGAGCCCUGGUUCCCCCACAUCACAGACACAGGCAUGAGCUGUGCUGCAUGGCCACGGUGUGGAGGAGGAUUCUGGUGCAGCAGCUCAUCAAGGC